AUGAGUGGAUUCUUGAGACCUCAGACCCCGCGGAGGCACUUUGCCAGGCGCGUGCUGACAAAAGGUCUUGAAAUUGUCAUCACCAAUGCUGAUUUCUCUAAUCGGAAUAUCCUUUUGGGUAACAAUCUUCAGGUAACAGUUGUCCUGGACUGUGAAUUUGCUGGCUGGUAUCCCGAGUGGUGGGAAUACUUAAUAGCAUACGCGAGCUUCCAGCAAGGCAAAGAUGGGGACAAAUACAUUCUGCCGCCUCAUAUGACAGAGAUUUCAUUGUCAUGUCCUAUGUGUCCAGCCUUUGUCGCAGCUAGAAGAUCGAUCGAUAAUGGGAAUUAA